AUGUCUCAUCAAAACGAAAAAUUGCCAGAUAUCUUAUCUGAUGCGGUGCUUAAGGCAUCUGUCCCAGUCCCAGAAGACUUUGUUGAAGUUAAAGGUAUUGACUACUCAAAACCCGAAAGUGUCAAUAUGAGAGCUAAAGAUUUAAUCAAGAGUAUGAGAACUAUGGGGUUCCAAGCUUCUUCAAUGGGUGAAGGUUGUGAAAUUAUUGAUGAAAUGAGAAGCUGGAGAGGUGUUCAUAGAGAUUCUUUAGAAGAACACGAAAGAACCGGUGAAUUUGAUGAUAAUGGAUAUCAAAAAUCAACUAUCUUUAUGGGUUACACUUCAAAUUUGAUCUCUUCAGGUUUACGUGAUACUUUACGCUACUUGGUCCAACAUAAACAUGUCAGUGCUAUUGUUGCUACUGCUGGUGGUAUUGAAGAAGAUAUAAUAAAGUGUCUAGCCCCAACUUAUCUUGGUGAAUUCAGUUUACAAGGUUCCAAGUUACGUGAUCAAGGUAUGAAUCGUAUUGGUAAUUUAUUGGUUCCAAAUGAUAACUAUUGUAAAUUCGAAGAAUGGAUUGUUCCAAUCUUAGACAAGUUAUUAGAAGAACAAACUGAAGCUGCUGAGAAAUUAGGCAAAGAUGCAUUUGAUGCUGAUUCUCCAGCUGUUUUAACUCCAUCAAAAUUGAUUGAUAGAUUAGGUAAAGAAAUCAAUGAUGAAUCCUCAGUUUUAUACUGGGCCCAUAAAAACAAAAUCCCAAUCUUCUGUCCAGCAAUCACUGAUGGUUCAAUUGGUGAUAUGUUAUUCUUCCAUACUUUUAAAGCUUCACCACAACAAUUAAGACUUGAUAUCGUUGCGGAUAUUCGUAAAAUCAACUCAAUGUCCAUGGCUGCCUUCCGUGCUGGUAUGAUUAUUCUUGGUGGUGGUUUAAUUAAACAUCAUAUCUGUAAUGCUUGUUUGAUGAGAAAUGGUGCUGAUUAUGCAGUUUAUAUCAAUACUGGUCAAGAAUUUGAUGGAUCAGACGCUGGUGCAAGACCAGAUGAAGCUGUUUCUUGGGGUAAAAUUAAAGCUGAAGCUCAUUCUGUUAAAAUAUAUGCAGAUGCUACUGUUGUUUUCCCAUUAAUUGUUGCAGCUACUUUUGCCAGUGGUCAAUAA